AUGGCGCUGGUGGAGCCGAGGAGCCGGGCCGCCGUGGUGGGGGCCGCGCACGGCCGCGGGGAGGGGGCAGCGGAGGGUGGGGGACGGAGAAGGGCCCGCGUGGCACGACGCGCCGCCCGCGGCAGCGGCCUUCCUGCCGCCCAGGCUAGUCUCGGCCCGGAGCCGUCGGCGAGCGUCGCGCCGAGCUGCCCGCGCACCCCAUCUUUCCCUCGUAUUCCGCCCCCCUCCCCGGCGACUGCCUACGCGAGCGGCGGCCGCAGUCCGAGGUGCCCUGCCGCCAGCUUCCAGGCGCUGGCGAUGACGCCGCGCGCGUGA